UGUGUACUGUGUACCAUGCGCACGCGCAUGCCGCCGCAGUCGGAUCCACAACGUCUCGCGUGACGGUUGAUCGCGCUCUGGCGUAAUAAACUAAACUUACACUAUUUAAAUAAUCGGACUUAUUCCAUUUUUGAAUUUUUGAUUUUUAAUAAUGGCCAGUAAAGCGAAAUCGAACGGCUUGGAGUCGUCUUGGGCCCGCGCGCCGCCGCCCAGCAGACCCUUUUGUGAAAGGGCGUUAAGAGCUAUCUACGAUCCGGAAGACAAAACAUUUUUGGGGAGGACGCCAAAGCGAUGGGGCAUAGUGUUCGCGUUCUACGCGGUGUUCUACGCGGUGCUGGCGCUGAUGUUCGCGCUGUGCAUGGCGGGGCUGUUCUCCGUCAUCGAUGACAAAAAACCCACCUUCAUCCUGGAGAGCUCUUUGAUCGGUGCAAACCCAGGAGUGGCAUCUAGACCUCGGGCUAUACUGCUGAAUACACAAAACUCAUCAUUUCAAAGUUACAUUGAUGAGCUAGAAGAAUUUUUGAAACCUUUCGAAAAUGAAACAUGGGUCUCGUCUAAGGAGAAGUGCACAAAAGAAGAUAACUAUGGAUUCCCAGAAUCUCCAUGUAUUUUUGUCAAAUUAAAUAAGAUCUACGGCUGGAAGCCUGAUUUUUUCUCUGCAUCUGAACUACCGGCAGAUAUGACUGAAGAUUUAAAGGAGUACAUCAAUGAUCUAGCUGAAAUCGAGCGUCAACAAGUCUGGAUAUCCUGUUGGGACGAGCGCAACAAUACUCAGAUCGAGUACCCCUGGGGGCGCGGCUUGCCGGGCAGGUUCUACCCUUUCCUGAACCAAGAGGACUACAUCAGCCCUCUCCUGCCUAUCAAAGUUACACCACCAACGAACACAAUAGUCGCGGUUCGAUGCCGGGCGUGGGCGAGGAACAUAGUGUACAACAAAAGCCUCAAGGAACCGUCCGGAUACGUCCGUAUCCUCAUGCAGAUCACAGACACCACCGCCGCUAACUCCACGGACACUGUUGAAUGACAGGGCUCUCUCUCUCUUGUCUGGCUUUACAAAGAUUAGCCAAUGUCAAGUUUGUAGUUAUUUGUAACAAAUUAGUUAAACUAUACAAGUAUGGACCCCGUCUGUGCCGGCGCU